UUUCUACUUUCAUGCCAACAGAAUGUGACCGUGUCGAGUGACCUUGGACUCCUGUUAUGCUCCCCGGCCCGGGCAUUCAAAGCAGGGAUAUACACCAUUCCUAUAGUUAACUUCUUGUUUUGGCAGUGAUGCGCUGCCUGGUGAGAUUCAUAUUUAGCACAGACUAAGACCGCCCAUCACUGGGUGCACAUUCAUCCUCUAACAGCAUGACCCUAGUAUCAAAUGAUUCCGCCUGGUGGCCGUUCAUGCUUUCGACCCAAAUGACCAGUUAUGUUGUUGCUGCCUUCUCUUUUGGGCUGAUGUAUGAUUGGGCAUUGACGUUCGGACGAGAGGUCGAACUGGUCUGGAGGCAACGUUGGUCAUUCAUGACUGUUCUGUAUCUCGGUGUCCGUUGUGCUGGUAUAUCACAUGCUAUCAUUAAUAUCCAGUUAUCUCUUCCAAGAACUUCAGUGACAGAUUCAGUGAGCCGUACGAUGUUCGACGCACUAUGUUGGCUGAAUGUUGCGGUGACUGCAAUGUUGGGUGUCAUCAUGAUCGCUCGCAUCAUUUUCCUGGCUGUCAACAUUACUGAUGGAGUGAUCACCGCAAUGGUUACGAGUCGUGUUUCGUCGGAAGUGUUCAUCCUCUUUGGCAUCGCUCAGUGCGCUUCUGACUUUCAAGAAGGCUCGGAUAAUCUACUUCUGGCUUUGAUGACUUGGAUUCUCCCCGCUGUAUGGGAGGUCCUUGCAUUAUGUCUCGCAAUCCGGAUUGCUUUCAAACGCCUCCGUGAGCUGCAGCGACCGUUGACAGGAUGGCUUGAUGUCAGAGACUGUUUCGCGGUGUUAACAAAAACUCACGUAAUUUACUUUGCGAGUUUUGUUGUUGUUUCUGGCUUUAUCCUCCCUUAUGCGCUUCUAACGGCCAUAGCGGACACAGUUGUCACGGAACAUCAGAUUUAUUUUGGUUUGGCUCAAACUUUCAUAGUCACAGUGAUGUGCGUGCUGGGACCACGCCUGAUCCUUGGCGUUCGAGAAUAUCACGCGAAGCUUGUGGCUGACUCCGAAAGGGGUCCUGGCAUGACUUCAAUUGCCUUUGAAGAGCGUGUGCAUGUGUCGACCGGCAUCAGUGUGUAGCAUGGAAAACGUUUGCUGGGUUUGCCACGUGCCGAGUUCUCUCGG